AUGUUGCGAACUGUGUUGUCACGUGUGUCUACACAACUUCGAACGGCCAGCUCAAUGCCGGCACCCAUAAGGGAUGUUCAGCCAAAGCACACGAAACUCUUCAUAAAUAACGAAUGGGUUGAUGCGGUGAGCAAAAAGACGUUCGAAACGAUCAACCCAGCCACUGGCAAGGUGAUAACGACUGUUGCGAAGCUGAUAAAGCAGAUGUCGACAAAGCAGUAA